AUGGGGAAUACUAUCCUCAGAUACCUCGAAGUCCCUUAUGAAGGAGCAAACAUCCCCAACCGUUGGAUCAACGACGACAUUAAGCCUGUCGAAGCAGGUCGGAGAACCUGGAAUUUCUGGACGUUCCAUAACUUUUGCGUUCUGGCCAGCUCAAAUAUCUCGGUGUACAUGAUAGGAAGUUCGUUGAUUGCCAUGGGAUUAACCUGGCGUCAGUCGCUGGCUGCGAUCGUCGCUGGCAAUAUAAUUGCCGUCGGGCUACUUGUGAUUAACUCAUUACCGGGGAUAUUUUACCAUAGUAUGUCUGGGGCCUUUAUGGCAGUCUAUUUGUUCUAUGGAACCGGAUUUUACUCUCCAUCGUCUGGUGUAGGUCUCUCAUUGUCGAUGCUAGCCGCAGGUAACUCACCAUGCAUGAUAGAUGCGGUUCAAGCAUGGAUUGGCGGGGAAUGCACCUACGUCUGUCUGCGCGCAAUUUGGCCAUCUCUCGAAAGUCGAAUUCCGAAUCAGAUGCCUCAGUCGACAGGAAUGACCACGGCACAGUUUGUGGCGUACAUCAUCUUCAUGGUGCUCUCCUUGCCGGUGCUGCAUAUCCGUCCCCACAAACUGCAGAUAUUCUUCUAUAUCUCGUCGGCCACGAUCGUAGUAUUUGAGAUCGUUAUCCUUAUUUGGGCGCUGGUCAGUAUGGACAGCAGCGGGUUUGGCAGUACGAUCUCAGAGCCCGGAGCUGGCGGUUCUGGAUGGAAGAUUGCGUUUGGUAUCGUGAGUACUAUCGGCGGCGCAGCUGCUGGAAUCCUGAAUCAGAAUGAUUAUACAAGGUUUGCACGAACACCUCGUGAGGCAAUUCUCGGACAACUAGUCAGCUUUCCCUUUUAUAGCAUUCUAUGUGCGACCGUCGGCAUUCUGGUCACGGCAGCCACGCAGAAUCGCUACGGUCAGCCGCUGUGGAAUUUGCCCACCCUGCUCAGCGCCGUCAUGGACAAUGGGGGUUCGCGCUCCAGAGUAGCCGUGUUCUUUGGAGGAGCUGCGCUGAGUGUGUCGCAGAUGGGAUUGAACGUGCCAGCGAAUGCACUAGCAGGAGGGUUUGACAUGGCGGCUACGUUUCCGAGAUAUAUAAACCUUCGUCGCGGUGCCUAUAUCACAGUCCUAGUAUCGAUCGCAUGCAAUCCGUGGAAGCUGGUCAACACGGCUACCACAUUCUUAGCAGUUCUCAGUAGUUACUCAAUCUUUCUGGGACCUAUGGUCGGGUCAAUGAUAGCGUCUUAUUUCGCUGUGAUGCGGCGCAAGAUCAAGGUGGAGGACCUGUUUCCAUGCCACGGGGACAAUCGAGGUAUCUACUGGUACACCAACGGGGUGAAUUGGCGGGCCCUAGUGGCGUGGCUUUGUGGCAUGGUUCCUUCACUCCCUGGUUUCGUGGCCCAUGUCGAUCCUACCGUGGCCAUUCCCAUGGGGUUAACCCAGAUUUACUACAUUUGCUUCCUCACCGGCACGGCAAUUAGUGCCGCGGUCUUCACGGCAUUGCAAUAUAUCUUUCCGACCCCUGAAGUGAGGCGUUUCGUCGAGAAAGCGCCGUCGCCGGGACUGUUGAUGCCGGAAUACCGAUUGCGAUGGGACCGAGAGGAUUCGCGCGCCCCGGCUUGCCUUGCAUUCCAUCCCUUCGCCCCUCGACACAACCAAAAUGUUCGGUCAAGCUACAGGGUUGUCGCUUUUGACGGGCCUCCUGGCCGCGGCUCUGCGAACGCUGCCUCCAACUGUCGCUGCUUUCCUGGUGAUUCUUGCUGGCCGACCCAGGAUGUCUGGGCCAAAUUCAACGAGUCGGUUGACGGCCGCCUGGUAGCCACGGUGCCUUUGGGUACACCAUGCCAUGACCCCAGUUAUAACGCUGCUGAAUGCAAGACGCUCAGCGAGCAGUGGACAAACCCGGAGCUUCACUAUGAAACCUCGUCGUCGAUUAUGGCUCCUUGGUACACUAAUGGAACCUGCGAUCCCUUCCACCCUCAAUCGAAGCCCUGCACCCUCGGUAACUACGUGGUUUACGCUGUCGAUGUGGCUAAGCCCGAACAUGUCUCCUCGGCUCUGAAGUUCGCGAAGGAACAUAACAUCCGUGUGGUUCCCCGUAAUACCGGCCACGAUUACAACGGCAAGUCGACCGGAGCCGGCGCGCUGGCCAUCUGGAUGCACCAUCUCAAGGACAUCGAGAUCAAGGACUACAAGGACAAGCACUACCAAGGCAAGGCCAUCAAGAUGGGCGCCGGUGUGCAAGGCGGAGAGGCGUACGCAGCCGGUGACAAGGCGGGUCUCCAGGUGGUGGGCGGCGAAUGUCCCACCGUGGGAAUUGCUGGAGGUUACUCCCAGGGUGGAGGCCAUUCGGCCCUGUCCUCGCGGUAUGGACUUGGCGCCGACCAGGCGCUCGAGUGGGAGGUGAUCGAUGGCGAGGGUAACUUCAUUACCGCCACUCGCGACAACGAAUACUCCGACCUCUUCUGGGCGCUCAGCGGUGGCGGUGGUGGUACCUAUGGUAUCACUUGGUCGCUGACCUCCAAGGCGCACACUGCCACGCCUGUGUCGGGCUACAACUUGAGCUUCACCAAUGAUGGCAUCUCCCAGGAUACCUUCUACGAGGCUGUCUCGCUCUGGCAGACCGUCCUGCCCUCUGUCGUGGACGCCGGUGCCAUGUCCGUCUGGAUGUUCACCAACACCAGCUUCCUCAUCACGCCGUUGACCGGUCCCAACAUCCCCGUUGCUGACCUGGUGGCACUCGUGAAACCGUUCACCGAUGGACUGACCAAGCUGGGAAUCAAAUACACGACCUACUCCGAGCAGUUCGACAGCUACCUGGAGGAAUUCACCGCCAUGCAGGGCGCGAUCGCGGUGGGCACCGCGCAGUAUGGUGGAUGGCUGAUCCCCCGGUCGGUGGUGGAAAACAACAACGACGGACUUACGGCCGCAUACAGACACAUCACCGAGGAUGGCGCCACGUUUAUCGGCGUGGGUCUGAAUGUUUCCAAGGCGUUAGUGGGGGAUGUGGACAACGCGGUGCUGCCCGCCUGGCGCGAGACCCUGAUCCACACCACCCUCACCACCCCCUGGAAGUGGGAUGCGCGAGCUGAGAUGCUGGCCGAGCAGGACAAGAUGACCAAUGAUUAUAUCCCGGCCUUGACCAAGGUCGCGCCGAACUCUGGGGCGUACCUGAACGAGGCCGACUUCCGUCAGCCCAACUGGCAGAAGUAUUUCUACGGCGACAACUACGCUACCCUGCGCAAGAUCAAGGCUAAAUACGACCCGGACAAUCUCUUCUACGCCACUACCGCUGUCGGGGCGGACGAGUGGACCGUUCGUGAAGAUGGCCGUUUGUGCAGUGUUUAA